GUUCAGAUAAAUAUUCCACAGAGGUCGGCCGCUUUUCAUUCUCCAAGAAGACAAAACCACAACUGGUGGUCGGAGCAGCAUGGCACCGUCUCUACUCACAACAACAGGACUUCUCUUACUUUUCUCCUUUGCCUCAGCACAAACCAGAGGAGACAACCAUGCAUCAUGCACUCUAAAUGAUGGCUUUGGCAUGUACUGCCCAACUACAUGCGGAGUGGCUGACUACAUGCUGAGGUAUAUACCAUCAGUGGAAAACGAUUUAGACAGAAUGGAAAAUGACCUGGAAACAAUCGCCAAUUUGACCCAGGAAUCUGAAGACAAAGUGGUCUAUAUGAAAGACUCAACAACUACAGCUGCGCAAAAGAGCGCUGGGCAAGACCCUUACUACAAAAAAUCAUCAGAUAUGCUGGAAGAUGUCCUCAGAUUUGAAAGGACCAUCGUUGCACAGGAAGAUCAAAUAAUGGAACUUCAGAAUUUAAUUUCUUCAAAUGAACAGAGAAUGACAGAACUUAAACAACUCUCGAUUCAGCUGGCACAGCAGUGCUCUGAACCCUGUAAAGACGAAGUUGAAAUCCAGCCAACAACGGGAACAGACUGCCAGGAUAUUGCCAACAAAGGUGCCACCACCAGUGGUCUUUACUUUGUCAAACCAGCAACAUCCCCAGAGCAGUUCCUGGUCUACUGUGAGAUUGAUGAAUUUGGCCGUGGUUUCACAGUCAUACAGAGAAGACGUGAUGGCAGUGUGGAUUUCAACAAGGACUGGAUCCAGUACAAGAAUGGCUUUGGUUAUCUCUCCCCAGAUGACACCACAGAGUUCUGGCUUGGCAACGAGAAGAUCCAUUUGUUGACUGCGAGUUUAUCAGGAAUCCCAACUGUCCUGAGGAUAGAACUUGUUGACUGGGAUGGUAACAGAAGGUAUGCCGAUUACACCAUGUUCAGACUCACACCAGAGGCCGACAACUACCGUCUGACCUACGGAUACUACCUCGGCGGUGACGCUGGUGAUGCUUUUGCUGGCUUUGACUUUGGCGACGACCCCAGCGACAGGUUCUUCACAUCUCACAACGGCAUGCAGUUCAGUACGCACGACAAGGACAACGACAAGUAUGACGGCAACUGUGCUCAGCAGGACGGCUCCGGCUGGUGGAUGAACAGAUGCCACGCUGCACAUUUGAACGGCAAAUAUUAUCAGGGUGGCAGGUACACAGAAAAGGAUGCAGGUGAAUAUGGCUUCGACAACGGCAUCAUUUGGGUCACAUGGCACAACCGCUGGUACUCCUUGAAAGAAACCACCAUGAAGCUCAUCCCCCUCAGUCGUCUCACAGCAGGCGGACAACAGGGCGGGAUGAAAGAGUUUGCCGGACUUGGAGCUUCUUAAAAAGCAGAUGUGUGUUCAGCACAACAGCACUGAAAGUUCUCAUAAAUGAAAACACAAUAUGCCUUCAAACAACCAAAAAAAAGACUUUCUGAUGCGUCUCCAUAUGAUGUGUGCAUGUUUUGCUGAUGUGAUACAGUGAGUUACUGAUGUUCACAUUUUGCGUCUCCUUCAGUGUUGUUUUGAGCACUAAAUAAAUCGUCAUUUUCUGUAUCAAAUGUGUUUUUGUCAUCUCGUCUUUCCUCUU